UCCCCAACUGUAAAGUAAUCAAUUUGCUCUUUUACUGCAGUACUAACAAGUAAGCUUCCUUCUCAGAGCACAACCCUCUGAAAUGACCUGGCUCCCUCAGGUUGAUUAAGGAGCAUUAGGCGCACAGAAAAUGUUUAAUGGAAAGCCACUCACAAUCAAUUAUUUAAGCAAGCAUUCAAAAAAAUACUUUUCAGAUUAUACUGAGUUUGCCCUCAGAAGUAGGAUUUCUGCACUGGAGGACCUAAAGAAACUGCCACCAUCAGAAGAUUACAAGGACUGUUUGUUCCACCAUUGACCUGUUCAUACAACAGAAUGAAAAUCUCCUUCCAUGAGCACUGCUGAAGUUCAAGAUAACAGACAAUAGAAGUGCAGCAGUCAGCCAUGCAAGAUAAACAGUAUGAGCAUGCACUGUCACAAACUGCAGAUUUCAAGUUUUAGAAACGGAGCAAUCUACAAAAGUAAGCUCCUUGAAUUCCCAAUGAAAUACCCUAUAUUGAAAGACAAAAUUGAGAGUUAAGAAUGAUUACACACAAAAUCUGCCUAGGACUAACUGAAGUUGUAUCGAAUGCCAUUUGAAAGGAUUACAGUGACAUCAGCUGACAAGAACUGGUACCAGAGUUUGUUCACUACUCAGUCACAGAGGGUGGGGAAAAAAUGGCAGACCGUCUUCAAGAGCUUAAACUGAGAACAAAGGAACUGCAACUAGAUGAAGAGAACAGCCGUGUGCCUGGGGGGAAAGAGGAACAAGGACAGCUUGAGCAGCAAGCAGUUAUUUAUGAGAAAGAGCCCCUAACAGAGAGGCACUUACAUGAAAUCCAAAAGCUACAGGAUGACAUUAGUAACCUAGCAGAGGAGGUUCAAAAGUUUGGUCAGCAACAGAAAAGCCUUGUGUCUUCAAUGAGAAGGUUCAGUGUUCUUAAAAGGGAGUCUAACAUUACCAGAGAAAUAAAAAUUCAAGCAGAGCAAAUAAAUAAAAACUUAGAGGAAUUGUCAAAAACCGUGAAGAAGGCUGAAAGAGAGCAUGGGCCAUCUUCUGCUAUUGCAAGAAUUCUUACAUCACAGUAUGCUUUCCUAUUCCGGCAUUUCCAGAAAACCAUGCAUUUGUACAAUGAUGUUAUAAUAGCCAAGCAGGAAAAAUGCAAGACUUUUAUUAUCCGUCAGCUUGAAGUAGCCGGCAAAGAAGUAUCUGAAGAAGAAGUCAAUGAAAUGCUUCAGCAAGGAAAAUGGGAGGUUUUCAAUGAAAACCUGCUCACUGAAGUAAAAAUCACUAGAGCUCAGUUAUCUGAGAUUGAACAAAGGCACAAAGAACUGGUCAAUUUAGAGAAUCAGAUCAAAGACCUAAAAGAACUCUUUAUCCAGAUUUCACUUCUGGUGGAGGAGCAGGGAGGAAUAAUAGACAAUAUUGAAAUGAAUGUAAGCAAUACCCAAGACUAUGUUCAAACUUCAAAAGAAAAGUUCAGACUUGCAGUCAAGUAUAGGAAAAGAAACCCCUGCAAAACUCUGUGUUGCUGGUGUUGUCCAUGCUGCAGAUGACAGAAGUUAGGUGUCUGAAAUAUUGGUGCCUACCAUUUUGCCAAGCAGAGUUUUAAAGCAGCUUCGCAGUUUCAUUUACUUUGCCCAACCCCAGAAUUCCCUUUCACUCUGCCUGUUAUACGUGCCACACUCCAAGAGUCACAUCUGCUCUUCCUAGCAGCUAGGGGAUUGUGAAAGGAAAUCUCAGCUGUUUCUGAACAUCAUCGCUACCCCCCCUCCCCCCCCCAAAAAACCAC